AUGGUGCCUCUUCCAGCCCGACUCCCAGGCCCACUGGUCCUGGGCGGUGUGGCCCGGUGCCCUUCAACCCUGCAGAUGGUCAAAGAGGUGCUGCAGGCCCAAGAUGAGAAGAAGGGCGCCUCUGUCUUCACCAUCAAGCGAUUCAUCCUGGCCAAGUACCCCAUGGAGGAUCCUAUCCGGCUCAAGUACCUGCUGAAGCAGGCACUGAGCAAGGGGCUGAGCUGUGUGGAGCUGGUGCGGCCCCACAACUCCUCUGCUGUGGGGGCCACCGGCACCUUCCUGUUAGCACCCAAGGAGCCACAGCACAAGCAGCAUCUGGGCCAGGCAAAUCCUGACAGAGGACAGGCCCCGAAGCCAGGACAGGAAGGGACCACCAAGGACCCCUGUGUCCCUGUGGCUGGUGCACAACAACGAGGUAAAGGGCUUCAGGGGCAUGAGCCACCCCAUGCUGCCUGGCCUCACCAGGACUCAUCCACCACCCCGUCUGCAGGUACCACGAAGCAGUAGCUGGCAGCCAUGAAGCAGAAGCCAAAAGCAAAGCCCAUGGAUGCCCAGCCACGAGCUGCAGUGAAGCCUGGGAGCGAUGGAGCAAAGCCCCCGCGAGCUGCCAACCACCCCCAGGCCCCUGGCACAGGGUGUUCAAGGCCCCCAAGAGCUGCUGACCACCCCCAGGUACUUGGCAAAGGGUGCUCAAGGCCCUGUGGGACUGAGGCUGUAGGAAGGAGCAAAAGCGACAGCUCUGUGGGUGCUGGGACAAAGGGGCCCCAAAAGGUCCCUGGGGGAAAGAGCAAGGGGAAGGUGCUCAAGGGGGCACAGCAGGGUCCCCCCAAGGCACAGAGGGGUCAAGGCCAGGCGAGGAAGCCCCGGGUGACCCCAGGAGCCAGGCAGGGGGAAGCCAGGCUGCAGAAGGCAGCAUCCCCUGGAGAGGACAGAACGGCUCUGUCGGGGGACCCAGACAGUCUCACUUAGCCCUGCUUCAGCUGGCCCCAGGCCCUUAGGGUCUGGGCUGCUUUUAGUCCCCAGGACAGGUUUUAACUCUGUGUUUACCUUCUGCUAAUAAAGCUUCUUUACUCACCUCAUAGAAUGGCCUGACUGCUGCCCUGGUUGUGGGCCCCUGC